UAUCAUUUUAUCACGAAUAAUCAUAUAUAUAUAUAUAUAUGCCUUAAUUUUCACAUGAUAAAUUUAAUAUGCUAUGGUACAUACAACGGAAACUGCUGUUUUCGUUAUUUAAUAAUGAAACAUAUAUAACUUGUACUGUUGGAUUUCCUAGCGCACUGGUUUUCAGAUUAUAUACGCACAAAUCAUAAAGGCACGGGUUCGAUCCCCCACUCUGCCUCUAGAACUUUCCACCAAUGAACAUCUAGGGUUUUGUUCUUACGACACUCGAAGAAAAGCCGCACACCGUCUCCCUUCAUCCGCCACUAUGAGAUCAAACCGCAACCGUCCUCUGGCGGCGAUUCCUCCUCCGUCCACGGCUUCAACGGAAUCCGACUACGCCUUCACCUUAACCAGAAUAGCAGUGGCGCAGAUCUGCGAUUCAAUUGGAUUCACGGCGGCGGAAGCUCCCGCUCUCCGAACCCUAACCGACGUCGCGGUCAGGUACUUGAGAUCAAUCGCUAAGUCCGCCGCCGACUCAGCAAACUCCGCAGGCCGCACGCAGUCACAACUCGUCGAUACUGUCGCCGCCAUGGACGAGCUGAGCUCCGUCAGUGGAUUCGCCGAAGCGUGGAGAGCUACUGGAAGUUUACUCAACUCCGGCGCGGUGAAGAAUCUCGUUAGUUUUUCUAAGUAUUCGGAGGAAAUUCCAUUUGCAAAACCAUUGCCCAGAAAAGUAUUUUCUAUAGGGAGAGGAAAAGGUUUGCUGAAUGUAGAUAGCAACGAGUACAUUGGAGGGGAGGGGAAGCAUAUUCCGAAAUGGCUACCCGUAAUGCCGGUGAUUGAGAAGGAGGAGGAAAGGGGAGGGAAAAGAAAGGAAAUUUGGGGAUUUUGUGGUAAAAAUGAGGAAAUGGGGAGAGAAAUGAAAUUGGAGAAGAAAGAUAUGGAAUGGGAGGGGAAAGGAAUUGAAUUGCCACUGAAGAGAGGGGGAAAAGUGAGGUUUAAGAUUGGGAAUGGUGGGGGAGUUGUAGGGGUGUGUAGAAGGGGCGGAAUAGGGAAGAGGGUUUUAUGUGAGAGUUGGAUUUGUGAGGAACAAAAUCAAAAGAAGAGUUUGUAAUACAGUGGAAAAAAUAGGACGAUGAUGAUGGCUGGAGCUUAGCGCAGAGAUGAGCUCAUUAGCUCAUAUAUGUAAGAAAGAAGAAGCGGCAGAAUUUGAAGAUCUGCGCAAUAUGUAGCUGGGUACUAUUUGGUUUGAAGUUAGCAGGAAUUGAACCCUUGACGUGUUGGUCGAUAAAAGGAAGUUUAUUAAUUUGCUUCGCUGCAGAAGACCAUCUUCACUGCACUAUGAUAAUGAGGAGUCUGUCUCUAAUUACCUUUUUUUAUAUGUUAAGGUGCUCAUGAGAUUCACUAUUAACGUAACAAACGGAAACCCAAAUACAGAUUUUCAGUGGAAAGAUGUUAGUUUAUUUUUAUCUGAAUGGA